CCACCAUCUUCGACACAACUCGAACACACAGAUCUCUAUCUCAAUCAUUGCUUCAUUCCUUUCUUUUCUCUUCAACACCAGCCCUAAAAUUCUCCAAAUGACUCCAAUUACGUCGGAGAAUGGCGUCGAUGGAGACGACGAGCGAGAAGAAGACGACGAUGAAGAAGUAGAGGAAGAUGACGAUGAAGAAGAAGAAGAGGAGGAGGAGGAGGAGGAGGAGGAGGCACCAAGACUCAAGUACCAAAGAAUGGGAGGUAGCAUACCUUCUCUUUUGUCCAAUGAUGCGGCGUCGUGUAUUGCUGUUGCCGAACGCAUGAUUGCUCUCGGCACUCUAGACGGCACCGUUCACAUCCUCGAUUUCCUCGGCAACCAGGUUAAGGAAUUUGCGGCGCAUACAGCGGCGGUUAAUGAUCUUAUCUUUGAUAUAGAAGGAGAAUAUAUAGGAAGUUGUUCAGACGAUGGCACUGUUGUAAUUAAUAGUCUUUUCACCGACGAGAAGGUUUUGAAGUUUGAAUAUCAUCGGCCGAUGAAGGCAAUUGCUUUAGACCCUGAAUAUUCUAGAAAAAUGUCUAAAAGAUUUGUUGCUGGUGGUUUAGCUGGUCAAUUGUAUUUUAACUCCAAGAAAUGGCUAGGCUACCGUGACCAGGUUUUACACUCUGGGGAAGGUCCGAUACAUGCUGUGAAGUGGAGAACGAGUCUCAUUGCGUGGGCUAAUGAUGCGGGUGUGAAAGUUUAUGAUGCUGCUAAUGAUCGAAGAAUAACUUUUAUUGAAAGACCGCGAGGGAGUCCGCGUCCGGAGCUUUUGCUCCCGCAUUUAGUUUGGCAGGAUGAUACUCUCUUGGUUAUUGGGUGGGGAAUGUCUGUAAAAAUAGCAUCGAUAAGAGCAAAUCAGCAAAAGGGAGCUAAUGGGACAUAUAGGGAUGUUCCGGUGUCCAGGAUGAACCAGGUGGAUAUUGUGGCUUCUUUUCAAACCAGCUAUUAUAUUUCAGGAAUUGCUCCAUUUGGUGAUUCUUUGGUUGUUCUAGCUUAUAUUCCUGUGGAAGAAGAUGGAGAGAAGGAAUUCAGUAGCACCAUUUCAUCAAGACUGGGCAACGCACAGAGACCAGAAGUACGAGUUGUUACAUGGAAUAAUGAUGAACUUGCAACAGAUGCCCUACCUGUGCAUGGUUUUGAGCAUUACAAGGCGAAGGACUAUUCCCUUGCUCAUGCUCCUUUCUCAGGUAGCAGCUAUGCUGGUGGUCAAUGGGCUGCUGGUGAUGAACCAUUAUACUAUAUCGUUUCCCCGAAGGAUGUGGUGAUUGCAAAGCCUAGGGAUGCUGAAGAUCAUAUUGCGUGGCUUCUAGAACAUGGUUGGCAUGAAAAAGCAUUGGCAGCAGUUGAAGCAGGCCAGGGAAGGAGUGAACUCGUUGAUGAGGUGGGAUCCAGAUAUCUUGAUCAUUUGAUCGUGGAAAGGAAAUAUGCUGAAGCUGCAUCUUUGUGUUCCAAAUUGCUCCGAGGGUCUGCUUCAGCAUGGGAAAGAUGGGUUUUCCAUUUUGCUCAUUUGCGUCAGCUUCCUGUGUUGGUCCCUUACAUGCCAACAGAAAACCCUAGACUUCGUGAUACUGCUUAUGAGGUUGCUCUUGUAGCUCUGGCAACAAAUCCAUCUUUUCAUAAAGAUCUCUUGUCGACUGUUAAAUCUUGGCCACCGUUGAUUUAUUCUGCAUUGCCUGUUAUAUCUGCUAUAGAACCUCAGCUAAAUACUUCUUCUAUGACGGAUGCACUCAAGGAGGCACUAGCAGAGUUGUAUGUACUUGAUGGGCAGUAUGAGAAAGCCUUUUCACUUUUUGCUGAUCUCAUGAAGCCAGAUAUAUUUGAUUUCAUUGAAAAGCACAACUUACAUGAUACCAUACGUGAAAAGGUUGUCCAACUGAUGAUGCUUGAUUGCAAGCACACAGUUCCUCUCUUGAUCCAGAACAAAGACUUAAUUUCUCCACCUGAAGUUGUCUCGCAACUGUUGACUGCCGGCAAUAAGUGUGAUUCAAGAUAUUUCCUACACUUAUAUCUUCAUGCCUUAUUUGAAGCAAAUCCACAUGCAGGAAAGGAUUUUCAUGAUAUGCAAGUAGAGCUUUAUGCAGAUAAUGAUCUGAAAAUGCUACUACCUUUUCUCCGGAGCAGCCAACAUUACACCCUUGAGAAGGCAUAUGACAUUUGUGUCAAAAGAGAUCUUUUAAGAGAGCAAGUCUUCAUACUUGGAAGAAUGGGAAACUCAAAGAAGGCGCUAGCUGUCAUCAUAAAUAAAUUAGGGGACAUUGAAGAGGCUGUAGAGUUUGUAACCCUGCAGCACGAUGAUGAGCUAUGGGAAGAAUUAAUUAAGCAAUGUCUUCACAAACCUGAAAUGGUGGGGGUAUUGUUGGAGCACACUGUUGGCAAUCUUGAUCCUUUAUACAUUGUAAAUAUGGUGCCCAAUGGCUUGGAAAUACCCCGGCUUAGGGAUCGACUAGUCAAAAUUAUCACCGAUUACAGAACGGAAACAUCUUUGAGACAUGGGUGCAAUGAUAUUCUUAAGGCUGAUUGUGUAAAUCUCUUGGUCAAAUACUACAAAGAAGCGAGAAGGGCAAUUUGCUUAAGCAACGAAGAAGAAGAUGCUCGAGCAAAAAGGGAUGGCAGUAGGGAUUCACAAGCAGCUGGGAGAACAGCGAGUGCAAGGACCAUGGAGGUUAAGUCAAAAACCAGGGGAGAAACAAGAUGUUGCAUGUGUUUUGAUCCCUUCUCUAUACGAGAUGUAUCAGUUGUCGCAUUCUUUUGCUGUCAUGCUUAUCACAUGUCUUGUCUUAUGGAUUCUAUGCACACUGUUAGUAGCAGAAAAGGGAGUGGAGCCACUUCUGGGAUAUCGGAAUACGAUAGCAAUGAUGAGGAUGAGGAAACCGUUUCUGGUGUUCCUCGGCUGAGAUGUAUCUUAUGUACUACUGCUGCUAGCUGAGAUAGUGAUUUUUCCUUUUCUCAACUGGGUGGGUGGUGGGGGCCUGGGGUGUUUUGAUGAUAUUGUGCGAGUCUUAGCUUUCUUUUUCGAGGCGGUUGUUUCUUGUUCUAUUCUCUCUUCUUCAUUCAUUUAUCAUAUAUUGUGGCUGUUCAUCAAUUUUUCAUUUUUGGCUGAGCUUCGUUUGUCAACAGAUGUAUCAUAUGGAUCACAAUUAUAUCUGAAAAGGUUAAAUUAGUUUUUGGCCGUUUUGUGGA